AUGACGGCCAGAUGCGAUGGGAAGGAUAGGCAAGGCACGGUCGUAGUGGUCGACAGCUUGGGACCGUCGUUAUGUGGCAGAGACACGAUCAAGGCUUUCAAUGAAAUCGGAGUGCCUAUGCUGACAAACGUCGUCGCGAGCGUGCAACCGAUCAAGUUCAACGGACCAAACACGGGACUAGAGGCCCUACUCAGCGAAUAUGCUGACGUCUUUGCUCCUGGUCUCGGAUUGUGCAAGGGACCUCCGGUGACAUUCCAGUUGAAAGAAAACGUGGUUCCACGGUUUUUCAAGGCACGGACUGUACCUUACGCCUUGAAGGACAAGAUGUCGGAUGCGCUGGAUCAGCUAGUAGCCCAAGACGUCCUCACGCCUGUGAAAACCGCCGAGUGGGCAACACCAGUCGUACCCGUUCUAAAGAAGGAUGGGUCGCUCAGAAUUUGCGGAGAUUUUCGGAUGACGGUCAAUGCGGCCACUGCGACGGAGCAGUACCCGUUGCCACGAGUGGAGGACAUUUUUGCGAAACUGAAUGGCGGGGAAGUUUUCACGACGUUGGACCUGCGCCAGGCCUACAACCAGCUACCGUUAGAUGAGCACGCUCAGAAGAUAGCAGUCUUGAACACUCAAAAAGGUCUUUUUUGUUUUAAACGGCUGCCUUUUGGCGUAAGUUCUGCACCGGCCGUGUUUCAGAGACGGAUGGACGCGCUUCUGAGCGAUAUUCCAGGAGUACAGGUGUAUCUGGAUGAUAUUAUCGUCGCGGAAAAGCGAAGUGACAUGUCACGGCUGCGGAAAGUCCUCCAGAGAUUGCGAGAAUAUGGUCUACGGUUGCACAAGGAAAAAUGCAAAUUUCGUCAAGGCGAGGUCACCUUUCUCGGCCAUCGUAUCGACGCUAAAGGACUGCGGCCAAAAGACGAGAACAUCAAGGCCGUUCGCGAAGCCCCAGAGCCCACUUCGGUGAGUGAGCUCAAAGCAUUUUUAGGUCUUGUGAACUAUUACGGCAAAUUCUUGCCGAACCUGGCGACCGUGCUCGCUCCGCUAUACGCCCUUCUCGCCAAAGGUGCCAAGUGGCGGUGGAAGCAGGAACACAAAGAAUCUUUUCGGAAAGUUAAGGAGGCAAUGGAGGACUCCCAGUUUUUGGCCCAUUUUGAUCCUGAUAAGCCGUUGAGGCUGGAGUGUGAUGCGUCACCAGUAGGUAUCGGAGCCGUUUUGUCUCACCGUGUCAAUGGCGUUGAUUACCCUAUUGGUUUCCGCUCCAGGAAGCUUACAAGGGCAGAAUGUAAUUACUCGCAGUUGGAAAAAGAGGCUCUGGCACUCGUGUUCGGGGUUGCCCGAUUCAAGGACUACUUGUACGGACAUGAGUUUGUCCUGGUGACUGACCACAAACCACUUACUGGUUUAUUAAAUCCAAAAAAGGCGAUACCCCCGAUGGCAGCCGCCCGAAUUCAGCGUUGGGCAUUGUUUCUCGCUAAUUACAGCUAUACGGUGCAGUAUCGUAAAGGCAGUGACCAUUCAAACGCAGAUGCCCUCAGCCGAUUGCCACUGCCUGGUUCAGCGCCACGAGAAGGCCAUUCCGACGAACGGGAGUACGUUUUGUUCGCCCAAGCGAUGGAGGAAACGGCGAUAUGCGCUCGAGAGGUGAAAGAAAUGACUGAUCGAGACACCACUCUCCAGCAGGUCAAAGAAUGGAUUUUUGCGGGAUGGCCGGUGUUUCGACCCCAGAAUCACGAGCAGUACCGGCCGUACUUCAACAGAAGGAUGGAACUGACCGCUUCCGCGAUGCCACCUGCCCAGGUACCUGCGACAUGGCCAUCGACCGGGGAAGGUUGGAGCCGUCUGCACGCUGAUUUUGCAGGUCCGGUGGACGGACACAUGGUCUUGGUCAUCGUAGACUCGGAAACGAAAUGGAUCGAAGCGGUGCCAAUGAAGAUUACCACGUCUGAAACCACGGUCAGAGCCCUGAGGUCAAUAUUUGCACGGUUUGGGCUUCCAAAAACGUUCGUGUCUGACAAUGGACCUCAGCUUGUGAGCGGUUUUUUUCGCGAGUUCUUGGCCCGUAACAAGGUGCAGCAACUAACAAGAGCCCCCUAUCAUCCCCAAUCUAAUGGGUUAGCCGAGAUAGCGGUGCGCACGCUCAAGGAAGGACUAAAGAAAAAUCCGGGCAAGGACUUGAUAACGCGGUUGGAUCGGUUUUUGUGCAGGUACCGCCGAACACCCGGGCAGGAUGGCAAGUCACCGGCUGAACGUUUGCUGGGUUACCAGAUUAGGACGAAGAUAGACAGCAUUAAGCCGAAAGAAAAAUAUGCUGAUGGUUUGCCAGCAGAAGCUACGAGAAAAUUUAAUACAGGAGAACCGGUGUGGAUGCACACUUUUGGAAGAAGUCGAAGGUGGAUUCCAGGAGUAGUGCACGACCAAAAAGGUUCCAGGAUGGUCACCGUGGAUUGUGCUCAAGGACAGCACCGACGGCAUCUAGAUCAGCUAAGACGUCGAGCUGAAUCGGUGGACAGUGACCCUGGCCAGAAAAACAAGCAGGAGCCAGUCGAAGAGACUGGGGAAAAAGUGCAAGACAGCCCGGAAGAAACAGCUGCGGAAUCGCCACCAACGCUCGUGCGAAGAUCGACCCGGCCACGGAAACCACCUGAACGUUAUGGCUUUUAA